UGGCUCAUUUUCAGCUACCUGUAGUGAGCGCGGGGGCCCCUGAGCUGAGGCCUGCAGCAAACCCUGUGCAUUACCACCCACCCCAGGAGGCUGAUCCAUGCAUCUCUUCCCAUGUGCUUCACUUCCCUGAGGAGUUAGAGGGGAGUCUGGGUGAGAGGAGGAGGGGUGAAGGUUUGCCCCUGCCCCCCCCCCCCCCGCAGAGAUCUGCCUCAUUGUUCAGCUCGUAGCGAACCGAGAGCCUCGCACAGCGCAGCGCACACUAUGGCACUCUGAGCACUCUCAGCCAGCAGCCCCCGGGACACAAUGGAUAUCACCGCGUCCCAGCUCCUGGACCUGUUCCUAGACAGCCCCCUGGUGACCUGGGUGAAGACGUUCGGCCCCUGCGGCGGGGAGAAUGACACGAAGCUGGACACGUACAUGGAGCUGGUGGACGGGGUGUUCCUGAAUAAAAUCAUGCUGCAGAUAGACCCCCGACCGUCCAACCAGCGCGUUAACAAACACGUGAAUAAUGAUGUCAUCCUGCGUGUUCAGAACCUGACCAUCCUGGUGAGACACGUGAAGGCCUACUACCAGGAGGUUCUGCAGCAGCUGAUUGUCAUGAACCUGCCGAAUGUUUUGAUGAUCAGUAAAGACCCUCUCAGCGGUAAAAGCAUGGAGGAGAUGAAGAAGAUCUUGCUGCUGAUGUUGGGCUGCGCCGUGCAGUGUGAAAGGAAGGAAGAGUACAUCGUGAGGAUCAAGCAGCUGGAUAUUGAGACUCAGGCGGGAAUCGUGUCUCACAUCCAGGAGGUGACGCAUAAUCAGGAGAACGUGUUUGACCUGCAGUGGCUGGACCUUCCCGACGUGGCUCCCGAAGAGAUGGACUCGCUGUCCAGAAGCAUGGUCCUGAGCCUGCGCAAGCUGGUGGAUGAGAGAGAUGAAUGCAGGGAGGCGAUCGUGGAUCUGACCCAGGAGAGGGAUUAUCUGCAGUCUCUCAGCCCCCCCAGCCCGGUAAAAUCAUCCAGCCCCGAAAACUCGGCAAACGCCGCCAAGCACCCGCCGAGCGAGGACCGGCAGCACCUGGCCGUGGAGCUGGCCGACGGCAAAGCAAAACUCCGGCGGAUGAGGCAGGAACUAGAAGAGAAAUCCGAGUUACUUCUGGACACCAAACACGAAGUGGAGCGACUCGGUCUGGAGUUACAGAAGCUGAAGCAGGAGAAUAUCCAGCUGGCCGCCGAGGCCCGCAGCGCCCGCACCUACAGAGAUGAGAUCGACUCCCUCAAAGAGAAAGCCGGCAAGCUGGACCGGCUGGAGACGGAGCUCUCCCGCUGCAAAGAGAAGCUGCACGACGUGGACUUUUACCGGGCGCGCAUGGACGAGCUGAGGGAGGAUAAUCUGAUUCUCAUCGAGACCAAAAGCAUGCUGGAGGAGCAGCUGGCGGCCGCGCGUGCGCGAACAGACAAACUGCACGACCUGGAGAAGGAAAAUCUGCAGCUGAAAUCCAAACUUCACGACAUGGAGCUGGAUCGUUACUCGGACAAAAACCGGAUCGAGGAGCUCCUGGAAGAAAACAUGGUGCUGGAGAUGGCGCAGAAGCAGAGUAUGAACGAGUCCGUGCAGCUGGGCUGGGAGCUGGAGCAGCUGUCCAAGAGCACCGACCUGUCAGACGCUAGGAAGUCGUUUGUGUUCGAGAUGAACGAAUCCGCGUCCAGUCGGAUCCUGAAGCUGGAAAAAGAGAACCAAAGUCUGCAGAACGUCAUCCAGGAGUUACGGGAGACCUCGCUGUCCCUGGAGGAGAGCAGCCUCAAAGGGCAGGAACUGGAGAAAGAAAACCAGCAGCUCAGCAAGAAGAUUGAAAGCGUCUACGAGCAACUCGAGAAAGAGAGACAGAGCACCUUAGACCUUGAAAGUCUGAGCGAAGAUCUUUUGAAGGACAAGGAACAUCUCUCACGGGCCUUGGAGAAUGUAAAAUCUGAGAAGGACAGGCAGAUCAGGGAUCUGGAACAGGAAAAGCAACACCUCUCGCAGGCUUUGUCCACUCUUCGGGAAAGGUCCCAGGUGAAUGCCGAGGCCAGGGUGAAAGAAAUCGAGAUGGAGAACAAAAUUCUUCACGAGGCCAUCACGGACACCAGCGGCAAACUAAGCGAGGUGGAAUACGAGAAGAAGCAACUGCAGAAAACGAUGGACCAGGUCAAGGAAAAAGUCGAGAGAGUAGAAGAAAUGGAGAAAGAGGUCCAUCGGCUGGAGAAGCAGAACGAGAGGCUGACAAAGAAAGUGGCGUCUGUGAAAAUCAUCGAGGAAAAAGUGGACGCUUUGGAGAAAGAAAACGGGAGGUUGGAAGGAGAUAAUAGAAUGCUGAAGAAGUCUUUAGACACCUUGCAAAAUGUCGCCAUUAAGUUGGAGGUGUUGGAGAAGGAAAACAAACAGAUCGACGAAGAGAACUUGGAACUCAGGAGAGCAGUGGAAUCCAUGAGGUUCUCUUGCACGAAGAUGACGCAGAUUGAAAGAGAGAACGGCGACCUUCAGAAGGAGAAAGAAGAGCUCCAAAAGAACGUAGAGGUCCUAAAAGCGUUGGGGAAGAAGUCAGAGCGCCUAGAAAUCAGUUAUCAGGGCCUUACCGAUGAGAAUAGGAAGCUGCAACAUAUGUUGGAGGCUGAGACCAGGAAGGUCCAGGAACUGGAAGCAGAGAUUCAGGAGGCCGAGAAGGAGAACAAGGAACUGCAGAGGAACUUGGAGGAAAUGAGGCUGUCCAACAAAAGGCUGGAGAGGCUGGAGAAUGAGAAGAUGACUAUGGAAGAGGAGAUGUCGCAGUUGGAGAAACAUAUGAAAACUCUAGAAAAGGAAUCAAAGCGACUGUGGCACCAAGUGGAGCUGAAGGACGCCAUCUUGGAUGACAACGCGGUCAAGAUAGCGGACUUGGAGAAAGAGAGCCGAACGCUCGACAAGGAAGUAUCAAAGCUGAGAGAAUCGGCCGCUAAAAUACGGGAGCUGGAGAAGGAAAAUAAGAACCUUCUUCAACAAUUAACCGUCGACAAGAGGACGCUAGCGACGCUAAGAGAGGAUUUGGUUUUGGAGAAACUAAAAACCCAACAAAUGUCCAGCGAACUGGACAAGCUAACCUUGGAACUGGAGAAGAUCGGUUUGAACAAGGAGCUGAUGCUGCAGGACGAAAACAGCAACGCAGAGAGGAAAUAUAAGAUUCUGGAAAGCAAGAUGGAGUCCACCAUGAAGACCACGCUGGCCGUGAAGGAGAGCAAGAUCUUGGCGCUGGAGGCGCAGGUGGAGGAGGCUCGCGGGCUCAACCAGCAGCUCCAAAACGAGCUGAAUUUGAUAAAACAAGAUGUCGGAGUCCGCAGCCGGACUCAAAUGGAAAAGCUUCAGAAUUUGGGUAAAAACCCCAGAGAAAACCCAGAGUAUAAGAGCCAGGCGCAGAACGGCGAGAGGGAGGCCACCCGGGAGCUGCUGAAGGUCAAAGACCGAGCCAUCGAACUCGAGAGGAAUAACGCAGCCCUGCAAGCCGAGAAGCAGCUGUUCCGAGAGCAGCUCAAGCACCUGGAGUGUCAGAACGCGUCUCUGGACGACCAGAUGAGGACCUUACAGAAACAGCUGGCCUUCCUGCAGGAACAUAACACGGGCCUGCACACGCAGACGGCCAGCCUGCAGGUGGAGAAUUCUGCCGCCGCGUCCGAGCGAUCCGCUCUGAAGUCUCAAGUCUCGCAGCUCCAGAACCAGCUGUCCGCUCUAGAGAGCGAGAACGAGGGCCUCGCGCGGCAGGCGGAGGGUCUAAAAGCAGCCCACGAGUCCCUGCUCUACGACCACAACCACCUGGGCUCCCUGUACGAGCGCCAGUCUGCCGAAUACGAGGCUCUGAUUGGCCAGCACGGCGCUCUGAAAACCCAGCACAAAGCUUUGGAGCAGAGCCACCGCCGCCUGGAGGAGAGUUAUAACGUCUCGCUGAGACAGAGAAGCGAGCUGGAAGAGCGAGAGAAGAUCGGAAGAGCUGAAUGCGAAGCCCUGCGGCAGGAGAAGAGGAAUCACCUGGCCGCCUCCGACGAGAAGCAGAAGCUUAAGGAGGAAUUGGACAGGUUGAAUUUCUUGCACGGGGAGCUGCAGAAGGAAUAUACGAGUUUACACAAACACACCAAGGACAUGAAAACCGCCCUGAACAACGCGCAGAUGGAGCUGAACCGCUGGCAGGCGCGAUUCGACGAGCUAAAGGAGCAGCACCAGACCAUGGAUAUCACCCUGACCAAGCUGGACAACCACUGUGAGCUUCUGUCCCGUCUGAAGAGUAACCUGGAGGAGGAAAACCAUCACCUCCUCAGCCAGAUCCAGAUGCUGAGCCAGCAGAAUCAGAUGCUACUGGAGCAGAGCAUGGAGAGCAAGGAGCAUUACCACGAGGAGCAGAAGCAGUACAUCGACAAAUUGAAUGAUUUAAGAAGACAGAAGGAGAAAUUAGAGGAGAAAAUCAUGGACCAGUAUAAAUUCUACGAUCCAGCGCCCAAAAAGAAAAACCACUGGUCGGGCGCCCGAGCUCUCGCCAGACUGAUUAAACCCAGGAAAGAGCAUUCGAGGGAACGAUCCAAGUCCUGCGCGGAGGGUCUGACCCAAGCUGCCGAUACCCCGAACGUGGCCGCCUCGCCGUCCACUUCCCGGCCCCUCCGGGUGCAGCAGGACAACUUGGACAAUUCUUCUCUGGGCUCGGAGGAGAAAGACGGCUCCAGGGUGUUAUUAACCAAAGUUCCCACCGACGCCGGCCACAAGCACCACCGGAUGUCCUACCACGCGGGAGACCAGGACGAAGCGGAAGGACUGGGAAGUCUCUCCCGCUCCAGGAGGAUGGAGGCCGCGUCCAGAGCUUUCUCCGCGUCUGCCGUCCACCUGCCGUGCGCGGGACCCGGCGGCAAAACCCAGCAGCCGGCGGGACCCAGAGGAUUCCCCUCAGAUGAUAACCUCCAUGACCCAGCGCAGGAGGCUGAACCCGGCAGCGCCGGACCCCGGGAGCCCCGGCUGAGUUCUAUAGGCAGUAACAGAAGUACUUUGAACAGCAUCUCGCCCCUCACCCUGAAAGGAUCUUCUGGGCAUCUGCCAGGCAGAACAGAGAGUAUGAGCAGCGAAGACAUGAUCCCAACCAAAGAUGUGGCGACAUUACCCCGAGACCACCACCUGUGCCGCUCCGUCAACAAACCAGAGUCGUCACUCGGCAGAAACAGCCUGGCCUCUUACAACAAUCCCGAGAAAAGACCACCGAGUCGUGCUCACGUCCGGCCCCGAUCGGGGUCCCCCGGAAGCGAGAUGGUGACCUUAGAAGAGUUUCUGAACGAGGGUAACCAGCUGUCUCCCCCCUCACGCAGGCACAGUCUAAAUGACAACGAGCUCAUCACCCUGCAUCAGUUUCUGUUAGAGGCUGAGACCCUCCAUCCCUCCUCCCAGCCCCCAUCCCCCAACCUAAACCCCAAGGAAUCUCCGCAGACUGCCCCCCGACACCACUCGCCGUCCCCGGGAUCCUGUGUGUGGAGGAGCAGCUCAGACAGGGCCAGCAGGAGAGCCGCAUCUCUGUAUAUUCCCAGGGAUGCGUCUGGCUGUAAGGAGGACAUGCUGGGGGAUUACUUUAAGAAGGCAGGCGAAGCUCCAGAUUUUGGUAGCCAGUCCGGCUACAGAGACCCGCAGCCUGCGAGCCGCAUGACGACUUCCGUCAGCUUAACUCUGGAUUCCUCCGACGGCCGGGGCGUAAAGCCAGGCGCGCACGCGAAGCCAAACCUCCGGCAGCUGGGUGCUCAGACCAGCCCCCUGAGCCUUCAUCACCGCGGACUUGCGCAUCAGUCCGUCGCGUUGUCCAAGCAGACUCCCGAGCCGCAGCGCCCGGCGUCUCCCUCCAGCAGGGGUAGCCCUCUGAGCAGGUCGUUCAGUGUGGCCACCGCUGACCUCCUAAAAGCCAACGGCCCAGACCCGGGCAGACUGGAGAAACCGGAGGUGGAGACGCCGGUGGGAAAGGAGUUCAGCAGUCACCUGCUGAGAUCGUCUACUCCUCUGGGCUCCCAGACCUCCCUUAGGGAACGUCCAGCGUCUGCAAGGGUGGACGGCGCUCCACGCGGCGAUGAAUCCCGCUGCCGGCCUUUAGAUACCCGGCGCCUGUCCUUGGCCGUUCCUAAAGAAGACCAGAGGAUGCAUUCCGUUCCAUCAUCUGCCGGCUUGCAGCAACAUCACGCGCCGGUCCUCGGCUCCACCAGGACCAAGACCAGACCGAUCCCUCGCUCCGGAGAAGUGGCGACCCCCGUCAGGCCCGUCCCCACCAUCCCAGAGGUGGAAGUCUCGCAGGGUUUGGUUUCUGGCGAAUCUGCGAAGGCCGCAAGCGCCGAAGGUCACUCUACACCAAACGUCGAGGAAGAACCCAACAAAAGAGGUUCCUCCAAAAGUACGCCAGCGUCCCCAGACCCCAGCACCGACCCGCAGUCCGUCUGGUACGAGUAUGGAUGUGUCUGACUCC